UUCUACUCAGAAUGAGACCUUGUGUUUGGAUAACUUUCAGUUUUGUGGUUCUUUUUCUUUUUCACCAUUUUCUUACUUUUAUUUUUUUGCAUCAACUGUGGCAGGAAAAUAGAUUUCUUGUGAUGGUGAUACGUGAUUUGUUAAACCUUUGUGAGAUUACAAAAGGCAAAGACAACAAAGCAGUUAUUGCAAGUAAUAUAAUGUCGUGCUAACUCCGACACAUUUAGCUAUUGUGAUGGAAUAUGUUGCUGGUGGAGAGCUCUUUGCAAAAAUUUGUAGUGCUGGUAGAUUCAAUGAAGAUGAGUCCUCUUAUUAUUAUCUCAUUGUUCUCUCAAUGCAAGAAAUCUGUCACAGGGACUUGAAGCUGGAAAACACACUUUUGGAUGGGAGUCCAACACCACGUCUUAAAAUAUGUGAUUUUGGUUAUUCUAAGUCCGGUUUGUUGCACUCACAACCCAAAUCAGCAGUUGGAACACCAGCAUAUAUUGCACCUGAGGUCCUGUCAAGGAAGGAAUAUGAUGGGAAGAUUGCGGAUGUAUGGUCCUGUGGUGUGACAUUGUACGUGAUGUUGGUGGGAGCUUAUCAUAUUGACUUAAUUGGAUUUUUGUUCAUACAAUGCUAUUAAAUGCUCUUGAGGAGAUGAAA